AGGGGGGCGGGUUAGGGGGAGCCGGAGGAGGAGGAGGAAGUGUCAUGGCGUCGGGCCGUGGGGCUUCUUCUCGCUGGUUCUUCAGCCGGGAGCAGCUGGAGAACACGCCGAGCCGCCGCUGCGGGGUGGAGGCGGAUAAAGAGCUCUCGUACCGCCAGCAGGCGGCCAACUUUAUCCAAGAUAUGGGGCAGCGUCUCAAUGUCUCUCAACUUACAAUAAAUACUGCAAUUGUUUACAUGCACAGGUUUUAUAUGCACCAUUCUUUCACAAAGUUUAACAGAAAUAUAAUAGCACCUACUGCAUUAUUCUUGGCUGCAAAAGUAGAAGAACAGCCAAGAAAACUUGAACAUGUCAUCAAAGUAGCACAUGCCUGUCUUCAUCAAGAGCUACUGUUGGACACAAAGAGUGAAGCAUACCUUCAGCAGACCCAAGAACUGGUUAUACUUGAAACUAUAAUGCUACAAACUCUGGGUUUUGAGAUCACCAUUGAACACCCACAUACAGAUGUGGUGAAAUGUACCCAGUUAGUGAGAGCAAGCAAGGAUUUGGCACAGACAUCCUAUUUCAUGGCUACCAACAGUCUACAUCUUACUACCUUCUGCCUUCAAUAUAAACCAACAGUGAUAGCAUGUGUGUGCAUUCAUUUGGCUUGCAAGUGGUCCAAUUGGGAGAUUCCUGUAUCUACUGAUGGAAAGCAUUGGUGGGAAUAUGUGGAUCCAUCAGUUACCUUAGAAUUACUAGAUGAAUUAACUCACGAGUUCCUACAAAUUUUGGAGAAAACUCCUAAUAGAUUGAAGAGGAUACGAAACUGGAGGGCUACUCAGGCGGCUAGAAAACCUAAAGGGGAUGGACAGGUGUCUGAAACAGCUCUUCUUGGUUCAUCUCUGGUACAGAAUUCCAUUUUAGUAGAUAGUGUUACUGGUGUGACUACAAAUGCAAGCUUUCAAAAACCAUCUACAUCAGCAUUUCCUGCACCAGUACCUCUGAAUUCAGGAAAUAUUUCUGUUCAAGAUACUCAUGCAUCUGAUAAUUUGACAAUACUAACCACAGGAAUGCCAAGUACCUCAUACAGUUUGGCAUCACACCAAGAAUGGCCUCAGCAUCAAGAACCAACAAGGACAGAACAAAUAUAUUCACAGAAACAGGAGGCUCCGAUGUCUGGUAGUCAAUACAACAUCAACUUCCAGCAAGGACCUGCUGGGCCAUUACAUUCAGGAUUACAUCACAGGUCUGACAAACUGUCUGAUCAUUCUUCAGUUAAACAAGAAUAUACUCACAAGGCAGGAAGCAGCAAACACCAUGGGCCAGUUUCUGCUGCUCCUGUAAUAGUUCCUCAGAAAAUGUCGUUAGAUAAAUAUAGAGAGAAACGAAAGCUAGAAACACUUGAACUGGAUGUAAGGGAACACUAUGUAGCUGCCCAAACAGAGCAGCCCCACAAAAAGCACAUGCAAUUGCAGGCAGCCAGCAGCAGUUCUGUAACUUCUCCCAUUAAAAUGAAAAUUCCUAUUGCGAAUGCAGAGAAACCGGAAAAAUACAUGUUGGAUAAAAAAGAAAAGAGUGGAUCACUUAAACUGCGUAUUCCAAUUCCCCCCACUGAUAAAAUUUCUAGUAAAGAAGAACUGAAAAUGAAAAUAAAAGUUUCUUCCUCGGAAAGACACAGCUCUUCUGAUGAGGGCAGUGGAAAGAGCAAGCAUUCAAGCCCACAUGUGAGUAAAGACCACAAAGAAAAGCACAAGGAACAUUCCUCCAACCGCCAUCACAGUAGCAGCCACAAGCAUUCCCAUUCACAUAGUGGCAGCAGUAGUAGUGGCAGUAAGCAUAGUACUGACGGAAUACCACCCACGGUUCUGAGGAGUCCUGUUGGCCUGAGUAGUGAUGGUGGUAAUUCCUCUAGUUCCAGUGCUGCAAGAAAGAAGUUGCACAUCAAUGAUGCGUCUCACAACCACCACUCCAAAAUGAGCAAAAGUUCCAAAAGUUCAGGGGGCUACGGACAUCUCAGCACCCUCGUGAAACUGGACAAGAAGCCAGUGGAGACCAACGGUCCUGAUGCCAAUCACGAGUACAGUACAAACAGCCAGCAUAUGGACUACAAAGACACAUUCGACAUGCUGGAUUCGCUGUUAAGUGCCCAAGGAAUGAACAUGUAAUCAGUUGUUUAGGUCAAUUUUUCCUUUACUUUUUUAAUUUAAGAAUUGUUAGAAUGGAAAACUUCCUGAUCUAGCAAAGGCAACACCAGCUGUUGCUGCCAUUGUUUCAAUAUAUGUAAGUGCUGCUUUAUCCUUCACUCUGAAAAGAAGAGAUUAUAGUAAACAAGUCUUAUCUCCACAUAUGAUAGUGUUAUAAAUACUGUAAUAGCAUGGAAGGUGCAAAAAUCUCAGUAUUUUUACAGUUGCAGCUAAGAACAGUAGAACGAAUGGCUGCUUCUAGGUGUAUAGGAUGCCUCAAGCAUUGAUUUAUUUAUCAUUUGAAUCCUGAAGCCACCGUUUUAUUUUUUGUUGUUGCUUAGCUUUUGAAUGAGUGUACAUUGUUUUCUUUUGUGUAUUUAUGCUGUAUGUAUGAUUUGCAUGUUUCAAUGAUAAAGGGAUAAAACAGUAUACUGACAACUGUUUACAAGAAAGUGGAGAAAAAUGUACAUACAUUUUUGUAUGUUUAGAUAUUACCAUAAAUACUCAGGAUUGGAGCUGCUUGUAAGUAUAACAAAAUAUACAGAAUUACUUUAUUUUAUCUUGUGUCAGAGUCCAUCAGUAAUCUAAAAAAGAAAAAUGGGUGGCACUUUGUCAUGUUAAUCUUUAACUAUAGGCCUUAUUGGGAGCCGCUGAAUGGGACACUUCACCGCUGAGUGGGUAUCCAAUGCCAUGGAUGGUCACCUAAACCUAUCUGUGAGACACUGAAUUGAUGUCUUAAUGGAUUGUUAUGACCAGAUUGGCCAUUGAAAUAGUCCCUAGUUUUCUGAAGGAAAAAAAAGGAAUAAAAAUAAAGUUUACAUAAUCUUUUGAUGUGAAGUGCAUUUAAAUGUUUAUUGGCUUGAUGCAGUAAUAUAGACACAGAGCUGUUAAUAAUGGUUAUGUAGAUUAAUGUGAUUUGAGAACUAAAGAAUUCAUAAAAACCUACAUAGUAAAAAAUUAGUAAGUUGUUUUUUUUUUAACUUUAACACCAUAUGUUAUUUUAGUAGCAAACAGGGAUCACUGUUCCAUAGCCUUCAGAAUGAUAUCUACAUUCUGAAUUCCCCAAGAAGUGUGUUGUGUGUGAUGCCAUGUUUCUUUUACAGGUGAAUGCAGCCGUCACAAUAAAAAUGAAAGUAAAACUAUUGCUAUCACAAUUUUCCUUUAUAUUCCAACAAUAAACUAUCAUUGACUGUGCAUUGUACUUGUGAUUAUAGUUUAUACAAUCAGAAUGCUCUGUGGGAAAAAAAUCAGUCUCCAAUUAAACCACUAGUAUACAUUUUUAUAUUUGUUUGCACGUCUCAUCAUAUUCCUGUUGAUGUAAAGUUUGCACAGUCUUUUGACUCUAGAACAAAUGACAGGCUUUAACUUUUUUUAAAGUUGUAAUUAAAAGCCAAUACUCUAAUUCUGUUUUAUCAGCUAAUAUUGAGAACUUGUCCUGUGGUAAAUUUGUAAGCAAUCUUUAAGUUGUUGAGUGUUUUAAGUUGGGUUGAAUUCAACUUUGCAAGCACCAAACAGUUAACUGAAAUCUGUCUUAAUUUUUCCCUAAAUGUACAUGGAUUUUUAACUGGUCUGAAACUACUGGUACAUGCGCAAUUGUAAUUUUAUUCAAAUAUCUGUUGUAGUUUAUUGUAAAUAUUUGAAAAUUUAAUCUCAUCUUUUAUUUUAUAGCUUAUUAAGUAAUCCAAUAACUACCAAUAACUACAUCAGCAGCUAUAUAAUUUGGUCUAAACUUUUUAAGAAAAAGAUUAUGGUUGUUAAUUCUUUUGUCAGUUUAUCAGAAUUUAGGACAUUUAGGAGCCUACCCAUAGGGACACCUAGAGAGCCCUGUCGAGCCAGUGUGUCCUAAUACAUUAACAUCACGUUGGCUUUAAAGUUUCUUUCAAGUGAGUUUAAUAAUUUGUUGCCAUUAAAUGUCAGUCAUCAUUGUUUAUGGCAUAAUGUUGUAUCCAGAAACAUAGUAUUUUUUAAUGGCAGUCUUAUUCUUGCGAUGGUACAUAAACCAGGGACUAGUGUAGAAUUGAGGUGUGUGCGAGAUGGGGGCGGGGGAGGUUUUUGUUCUUAAAGUGAUAACUGUAAGUAGAUGUGAACUUCUAAGGAGCUAUCAUGUGAAAUAAUAUAGGGUUGCUGUGCUACUGUAUAAUGGGGAACCAUAAUACCAGGAAUUUUAAUAAGGUUUUGUAAAGAAUGUCCAGAAAAAAGUGGUGAAUUUAUUUUCAGACUGAAAUAGAAAACAAUGUGAAUAUUUAAAGUCUGCAACUACACUUAAUAAACUUCACUAAGAAUUUGGGAGUUUGUUUUGAGAUGUUGUGGGAAUAAAGGUAAUUUUGUUGAAUCUUUAUAAUUGGUGCUAAUGAUGGAAGGUUCUAAAAUAGCUAGUAUAUCUUGUUAUGGUUUAGUACUUGUUGGUACUUCCACAGAAUUGAACUUGAAGUGCUAUGUAUUCACUUUUCACUCUGUAAAUGUAACUCUAUACAAUGACUUUAUUUAUUAAAAGGCAGCCAGUUGUAAUUUUUACAA